GUUCUGUUCUGCGAGUGUCUUUUCGUUCCAAGCAAAACCAACACAUAGUAGUUUUUAGUAUUAUUAUUAUAUCAUUUCAUUUGUUAAGCACAGUCAUUGUUUGCAAGUGCUAAGCAUGGCAAUCUUCUACAGAGUGAGGUCACUGAAUUAUGUUUCCAAAUGCUUUUCCUCAAUCAACGCUCUUUAUCUUCAGUCUCCAAUACGCAGAUUUUAUUCAGAACAAGCCACGUCUCAUUUUGAGAGUGUUGGGUUUGUAGGACUGGGAAAUAUGGGAUCCAGAAUGGCAAAUAAUCUAAUUAAGGCUGGAUACCGAGUAGCUGUUCAUGACAUAAACUGCAAUGCUAUGAAGAAGUUCUCUGACAUGGGAGUUGCAACAAAAGAAACCCCUUUAGAAGUUGCAGAAGCUAGUGAUGUUGUAAUCACAAUGCUGCCUUCCUCAUCUCAUGUAUAUGAUGUUUAUACUGGACCUAAUGGCUUGCUUCAUGGAGGGGAAUUGCGACCAUGGUUAUUAAUAGAUUCAUCUACUAUCGAUCCGCAAACAUCGAGAAAGCUUUCUCUUGCUGUGUCUAACUGUACUUUAAAGGAGAAAAGAGAUUAUGCCAGGAAGCCUGCCAUGUUGGAUGCUCCUGUAUCUGGAGGUGUUCUUGCUGCAGAAGCUGGGACUCUUACUUUCAUGGUUGGUGGCUCUGAGGAAGCUUAUCUAGCUGCAAAAUCUUUAUUCCUUUCAAUGGGCAAGAACACAGUUUUUUGUGGUGGACCAGGAAAUGGUUCAGCAGCAAAGAUCUGCAAUAAUUUGGCAAUGGCUAUUAGUAUGCUUGGUGUCUCAGAAUCUCUUGCCCUUGGCCAGUCUCUGGGAAUUUCCGCCAGUACUUUGACAAGAGUACUCAACUCUUCCAGUGGUCGCUGUUGGAGUAGUGAUAGUUAUAAUCCAGUGCCUGGAGUGAUGGAAGGGGUGCCCUCGUCGAGGAACUAUGAUGGUGGGUUCGCUUCGAAACUUAUGGCUAAAGAUCUAAACCUUGGUGCAACAUCAGCCAAAGAGGUUGGCCUUAAAUGCCCGUUGACAUCCCAAGCACAAGAGAUAUAUACAGAGCUUUGUGAGGAUGGUCAUGAAACCGAAGACUUCUCGUGCGUUUUCCGUCAUCAUUACUCGGGCAAGAAUGAGACUUAGUCUGUAAAUGUUCAAAUAUUGGAAAACUGAAAUAUCAUGUUGUUUGUGUACUGCUAGUCAUUUGUUUCUGCUGGUUCAAAUCCAAUCAACUACUGAUGUUUUCAUCCCUUGAAACUAUUCAAGUUGUGGUCUUGUUAGCCAUUGUUUCCUAGUGUUUGAAAAAUCGGCCUAGGCGGCUCCUAGGCGGCGCCUAGGUGCUAGGCGGGAGGACACCGUCGCGAUUUCAUCCUAAUCGUUAGAGUAGGCGCCAGGGAGUUAGGCGGCGCCAGGGGGCUCGCCUAGGCUGGCUGGGCGGGUCGGGUGGCUGGUUCUCUACUCUUCUCGACGCAACCAGUGGCAGCGACGGCUUCUUCUCUACUCGUCAGAGGUAUUUUUGAAUUUUUCUUCUUUUCUUUUUGGC